AUGUCUCCCUCGACCUCUUCUUCUCCCUCGCUUUCUCGCUCCUUGUCGGUCUUUCCCGCGUCUACUACUGUUGACAUUCGCUUCCAGUGGAACGAUAUUCAAUUCGCGCUAUCCGUUUCCGGUGAACACGUCUCGUUACUACAAUCUCUCAAAACUUCCUUUCUGCUUAGUCCCUCGUUUACGUCUACCAGCACAGAUGAGCCUCAAACCCCGAUUGAAUUGGCGCUUGCCUUCGUCGAGUUCACCAUUCAUCAAAAGGUCCCCGACAUAACGCUGGCAGCUAUCAUGCGUGCCUUUGAAUCAGAAUUCCUGCAGACCAACACAGACAUCCAUACUGUCGUUGGUGGUCUGGCAGCAAACCUCGAGCAGCGUCAACACCUUUUGCACGUAUACUUUACAGCCUCUGCCGUUAAGGGUGACAAUGAGCCAGAUGACGCUCCUCCGGCCUCUUCUACGCUUGACAGUGCUCUGUUGCACCAAGCACAACGGGGUCGAUUCCACAUAAUGGCGGUUUUUGGCGGACAGGGGGAUGCGAGCCGUUCCUGUGUACAAGAGCUCUCGGAGCUCAAAGCCACGUACGGCCCAAUGUUGCGAGGCUUCUUACAGGUCAUGGGAGCUCAUCUCCAUAACCUCUCACAGCUUUCGGAAACAGCUCACUAUUACGACGGGCGGCCAUUUCACCUAGAGAGCUGGAUGUCAGAUCCUGGAAGUAUCCCGGGCGGUGGGUUCAUAGCCAGCUCUCCAGUUAGUGUACCUGCUAUCGGCUUGUUGAGUCUAGCUCGAUACGUGGUUAUUUGCCAUGUUCUCGGCCUCACCCCCGGCGGACUCCGAAAGAUUCUGCGCGCGACCACAGGUCACUCACAGGGACUGCUGGUUUCUAUUGCCGUCGCCCUCUCAGAUUCAUGGGACUCUUUCUACGAAAGUUCUCAGCUCAUUUUGGAGGCGUUGUUCUGGUUGGGCUGGGACUGUCACUUCAAUGCUCCGUGGAGCAGAGUUCCCGCAAUGGCCAUGGGUCGCCCUGAACGAACAGCAGACCCGAGCGCGCCAUCGUACAUGCUCUCUGUACGUGGAUUAAAACGAGAACAAUUAGAUCCCAUUAUUGCACAUGUCAACAAACGCUUCUCGGAGGGCUCAGAAGUUCAUCUGGCAUUAGUUAACGCCCGAGAUCAGUUUGUGGUCGCUGGUCCAGUUGCUUCCUUGGUCUACCUGGAAAGUCAUCUCCGAGAAUCGAACAGCAUCUCCGACAAUGACCAGAGUCGAAUCCCCUUCAGCAGCCGAAAGCCGUCAAUCCAAUAUUCUUUCUUGCCGAUCAGCACGCCAUUUCACACGCCGUACCUCCGAGCGGCUGCAGAUUCAUUAAAGUCACGAUUUUCAAACCGACCGAUUUUCCCACAUCAAUUGUUGAUCCCCGUAUACCACACUCAAACCGGUCAGGACCUUCGGGCCGUAGAUGCGGACGUUUUGCAUGUUGCAUUCGAUGCGAUCACCCGCGAACUAUGCGACUGGCCCACAGCAUUGGCGGGGGCUACUACUCCUACGCACAGCAGUUUCCAACUUUUGUCGCACAUCAUAGUUUUCGACAGAGGAGGGCUGGCGCCGUUAGUCAAAAGGGUGAAGGAUGGCCAAGGCAUCCGGAUCAUUCAAGCUGCCGACCUUGACUCCCGAGACCCGACUGUAGGCACGAUGAGAGAUCUUUUUUGUCCCAAUUUGUUGAACACGUCGACCAGGCUUCUGAGCUGGAGCCAGCGGUUUCAGCCGAGAUUGACCGCCGGGAAUCCCAUGGGGAUUGAAACACGCCUCAGCCGGUUACUGGGCACCCCUCCGGUCAUGGUGGGCGGAAUGACUCCUACGACAACUCAUUGGGAUUUUGUAGCAGCUAUUAUGAAUGCUGGCUAUCACGCCGAAUUAGCUGGAGGUGGCUUCCACAAACCCGCCGACAUGGCCGCAGCCAUCCAACACCUCUCAAAUAGCAUUGCUCCGGGGCGUGGCAUCACUUGCAAUCUCAUAUAUGUCAAUCCUCGAGCUAUGGCCUGGCAGGUAUCCCUGCUCCGUCGUCUAUCACACAAAAAAGUCCCAAUAGAUGGCCUUACCAUCGGAGCGGGUGUUCCAUCGCCGGAUGUUAUAGCAGAAUAUAUUCAGACUCUGGGAAUCCGCCACAUCAGCCUCAAGCCAGGGUCUGUGGCAUCCAUACGCCAGGUUGUCAACAUUGCCAAAAAUCAUCCGGACUUUCCAAUCAUACUCCAAUGGACAGGCGGGCGCGGGGGAGGCCACCACUCUUUCGAGGACUUUCACGCGCCGAUCCUAAGCACAUAUGGUUCUAUUCGUGAGCAUGCCAAUAUUUAUCUCGUCGCAGGUAGUGGGUUUGGGAACGGGGAAAGCAUUUAUCCCUAUCUUACAGGGUCAUGGUCUGUUCCAAUGGGUUACCCCGCGAUGCCAUUUGAUGGCAUCCUACUUGGCAGCCGCAUGAUGGUUGCGCGGGAAGCUCAUACCUCACCAGCCGUGAAAGAUAUGAUCUGCCAGACGCCUGGAACUCCAGACAGAGCUUGGGAAGGAACGUACAAAGGCUCUACAGGUGGGGUCAUUACUGUGCAAUCUGAAAUGGGUGAGCCGAUUCAUAAGAUCGCCAAUAGAGGGGUGCUCCUUUGGGCCCAGAUGGAUAAAACAGUUUUUAGUCUGCCUCGGAAGAACCGCAGACCAUACCUCUUACAGCAUCGUGAUUCGAUCAUAAGGCGUUUGAACAGUGACUUUGCGAAGCCUUGGUUUGGUCGUAACUCCCAGGGAAAACCCGUCGAUCUCGAAGACAUGACAUAUGGCGAGGUUCUGGCCCGUCUUACUGAGCUGAUGUAUGUUCGCCACCAACGCCGUUGGAUCGACCAUUCUUACGUUGAUUUUACCAUGGCAUUUGCUCUGCGUGCACUGGAGAGGUUUCGUGCGACGUCGCAUAGCAACCUGAGACUUACUCGUGCAAUUCUCAGAGAAGAUCCCGAUACAUUCAUGCAUACUUUAUUUACAGCCUAUCCGGAAAUCGCCCGCGAUUUGUUGAACCCUGAGGAUGUGUCAUUUUUCUUGCUUCUGACCAAACGACCGGGCCAAAAGCCAGUUAAUUUUGUCCCGGCAUUUAAUGAUGACUUCGAGCUGUAUUUCAAAAAGGAUUCCCUGUGGCAGUCCGAAGAUAUUGAAGCUGUGAUGGACCAAGACGCAGAACGGGUUUGUAUUCUUCAUGGUCCUGUUGCGGCGCAGUACUCGCAUACCGGAAACCAGUCGGCCAAAGAAAUUCUAGACAACAUUGCAUCAACCCUGAUCGACCUUCUUCAGCGGGACCUCUCCCAGGACGACGUCAGCUGCGGCCCCGACAGUGGUCUGGUCACGCCAGAUUCCUGGUCAACCGUCUCAUCAACCGCACAGGACUUGCCGUUGGAGGAAAUGUCUCUUCCCUCGUCAGUGACGAUUUCGGAGUAUACGGACGAGAGCUCCUUUUCUCCUAUGGGGCUAGGUAGUUGUCGAACUGUGCCUGUCUGGGUCCAAGCAGUUCUCGGCGAGAGGCUGGUACUCCAAGGCCGGGAACGACAGAAGAAUCCUGUCCGUGAUUUCAUCACGACUUAUCCGCGGUCUAUUGUAUGCUUGAAUGCAGACUUGUCGGAGUUGUCGAUAAUGUCCGAAAAGUCCUCUCGGUCACAAUCCUCUAUGACGCUCAGGUCCGAGAAUGGAAUUGACAUUGUGGUCGAAGUCCGGCCGGAUGAAGGGGCCACGGCACUAAGGCUUCUUUAUCAAUACAACCCGCAUAGCGUUCCUUCGAAACUGACUGAAGUCAUGUACUGCCGUAACGAGCGGAUAUGCGAGUUCUAUAGUAACCUCUGGUUUGGUGCGACACGAGGAAAUAAUGCUACUCUCAACGAUGUCUUCCAUGGCCCUGAAAUGACACUUACACCUGAAGUGCUCAAUGACAUGAUCAUGGCCGUGGGACCCGCCUUCCCGGACCACAGAGUCAUGUUUCCGGAGACAGAUAUCAUUCCCAUCGGCAUGUGUAUCGUGAUAGCCUGGGAGGCCAUCUCGCGACCCCUGGUGGCAAAAGGUGUCAAUGGCGAUCUGCUUCGGUUGGUUCAUCGUUCGAAUACGUUUGAAUAUCACCAGGAUGCCACACCACUACGGAUUGGCGAUAUUGUCCGGUCGCAAUCACAAGUUCGAGCUGUGUACGCCGAGGAAGGAGGGAAGGUCAUCGUCGUGGAGGCUACCAUCAGUCGGCUUGCUAACCCCGUGAUGACAGUCACGUCUACUUUUCUAGUAAGAGGGUCGGCCACAGAAGAUUCAACGACAUUCCAGCACACCAAAGAACCCGAAAGAACGCUCUUCUUGUCGACAUCUCUAGACGAAUCGGUUCUUCGACACCGCAGUUGGUUCCAACUGCAUGAAAAUGCUCCCCCGCUGGUAGGGAGAUCAAUCGUUUUUAAUUUGGACACCCACAUCACUUAUAAAGGGGAAAAGAUCAAAACCAUGAAGGUGACCGGAACUGCAGCCUCCCAAGUUCAAGGACAUCAUCGCAUGCAAGUGGGAACUGUCAACUUCGAAUGUGACGAGUGUGUUGGUAAUCCUGUGGUUGAUUUCCUGGUACGCAAGGGCGUCGCGUCGGGCGGGCGGGAGGCCCUCGAUGCGCCAGGCUGGUCCGGGCCAUCAACGAUGGAGAUUCAAAUGCCUGCCAGCAACCAUGCCUACUCACAAGUAUCUAAAGACUUCAACCCGAUUCACACGUCGACAAUAUUCGCCACCUUAGCUCAACUACCCGGGACGAUCUGUCAUGGCAUGUGCACGUCUACGAUUGCGGCGUUCGCCUUGGAACACCUUGUGCUUGAUGGGGAGCGCAGGCGGCUCCGCCGGUUCAAGGCUACCUUCACCGCGAUGGUGCUUCCGUUGGAGAAGCUGUUGGUGAAACUCAAUCACACCGGUAUGGUCGACGGACGAAUGCUGUUCUCGAUCGAGGUUAUCCGCAUCCACAACGGAGAAGUCGCUCUACAAGCCGAAGCCGAGGUCGAGCAACCAGGGACAGCGUAUCUCUUCACCGGCCAAGGUAGUCAGAGCAAAGGCAUGGGUAUGGAUCUGUAUAGUGCAAGUCCAGUAGCAAAGGCUUUGUGGGACGACAUUGAUGCGCAGCUUUAUAAGGCUUAUGGCUGGUCGGUUCUUGAUAUUGUCCGGAACAACCCAAAGACGCUCACGGUCAACUUUGGUGGCAACCGUGGCCGGAAGAUCAAACAGAAUUACCUCGCCAUCACGGCCGAGGCGACGCUCCCGGAUGGCAGCCGGGUCCUGAGGCCUGUACUCGCAGGCCUCACACCGGCAUCGACUUCGUACACGUUCACCGACUCGCGAGGUUUGUUGUAUUCAACGCAGUUUGCUCAACCGGCUAUCCUAAUAUUCGAGGCCGCGGUUUUCGGCGAAAUGCGUACCAAAGGAUAUGUCUCUCGGGAUGCAGUCUAUGCAGGCCAUUCGCUCGGAGAAUACGGUGCUCUCAGCGCACUAUCUCGUUACGUUCCGAUCGGCGCUUUGGCGGAAUUGGCUUUCUAUCGGGGAUUGAUGAUGCAAGCGUCCGUGGACGGACAAGGUAGCAUGACCUACGGCAUGGUAGCUGCCAAUCCCAAGCGUGUUGGAUCAUUCUUUGAUCAAUCGGCACUGGCCCGCCUCGUCGAUAUUGUCGCUCGCGAAAGUCAGGAGCUGCUAGAGAUCGUUAAUUUCAACGUGGAUGGGGAGCAAUAUGUCUGCUCGGGAACGACCACCAACUUGCAUGUUCUGGGGAAGCUCAUGGACCAUAUCGCACAGUCCACCAACGGGUUCGAAGAAGUUCGGGCGGCCGUAAAAUCGGAAUCCCCAGAGGCGAACGGGACUGAACUUCAGCGGGUGAUACGGGCCCUACUCGCGGAAGCCCGCAGUCUUCCGCGUCCCAUCGAGCUUCAUCGCGGAAAGGCAACCAUUCCCCUGCAAGGGAUUGACGUGCCGUUUCAUUCCAGCCACCUGCGGUCGACUGUUGAUCGGUUCCGACAAUGUCUGCUGAAACCAGGGUUCCUCGAUGUGAACGUAGAUGUCAACGAGCUGGUCGGAAAGUAUAUUCCUAAUCUGAUGGCGAAACCAUUUUCACUAGACGAAGCGUACAUACGAGAGGCAUAUGAACUGACGCAUAGUCCGAUUCUGGCGCAAAUGCUGGGAGGAUCGUAAUGAGGGUGGCAGACACAAUUAGACCGAGCAUGAAGGGAAUAGGAUGAGUAUUGUUAUUUUAAUAGCUACUGCAUGUGCAUGGAUAGAUGUUUGUGAUUUGUGAAUGUCAACUAGCGGUUCUUGGAGCGCCGAUCGUCUACA